AUGUCAAACAGCAACACAGCGCAGGAGUCUCUGGAAAUAAUGAAGGAGUCUGAAAAAAAGGUAGUUGAGGAAUCUGUGAACAAAACCAAAUACGUAUCCAGGUCACCAAGCAAGGAGGAGGUGGAGAAGGAUGGCGGGGAGGAGGUCAGCGUGCGCCAGGAGUCUCAGAGGCGAACUUCAAGUCAUGGACAUGCCAGAAAAAGAGCCAAGUCUAAUUCAAAGCUUAAACUGGUCAGGAGUUUGGCUGUAUGUGAAGAAUCGUCUAGCCCCUUUGUAGAUGGGCUGCUGGAGUCCCAGGACAUCAUUCAGUUGCACGUCAGCUGCCCCUCUGACAAAGAAGAGGAAAAGUCCACGAAAGAUGGGGCUGAGAAAGAAGAAAAAGACAAGAAUAAAGAAAAGGCACCAAGGAAAAUGCUGUCUCGAGAUUCCAGCCAGGAAUAUACAGACUCCACUGGAAUAGAUUUGCAUGAAUUUUUAGUAAAUACACUGAAAAAAAACCCACGGGAUAGAAUGAUGCUACUAAAGUUAGAACAGGAGAUUCUGGAAUUUAUUAGUGAUAACAACAAUCAGUUUAAGAAGUUCCCUCAGAUGACCUCAUACCAUAGGAUGCUGCUACACCGGGUAGCUGCCUACUUCGGCAUGGACCAUAACGUUGACCAAACCGGGAAGGCGGUCAUUAUCAACAAGACCAGUAACACACGAAUCCCUGAGCAGAGGUUCUCUGAGCACAUCAAAGAUGAGAAGAAUGCAGAGUUCCCGCAGAGGUUUAUCCUGAAACGAGAUGAUACCAGCAUGGACCGAGAUGAUAAUCAGAUCAGACUCCCCUUGCAGGAUGGGAGAAGGAGCAAAUCUAUAGAAGAGCGAGAGGAAGAGUAUCAGCGGGUCAGGGAGCGGAUAUUUGCACGAGAGACUGGCCAGAAUGGAUAUCUCACUGAUAGCAGAAUCUCCAAAGAAGGCUUUUCUUCUAGUUCUCACAAACGGAGGCAGAUUUUUAGGGGCAACCGGGACAGUUUGAACCGGGCCUCAGGCAGCCGCCAGAGCAGCACAGAGAGCGAGAUCAAGUCCCUGGAGCCUCGGCCAUGGAGCAGCACAGAUUCAGAUGGCUCCAUCCGCAGCCUGCGACCGCCUGUUACCAAAGCCAGCAGCUUCAGUGGCAUCUCCAUCCUGACACGGGGGGACAGCAUCGGGAGUAGCAAAGGCAGCGCUGCCAGCAGAACGUCCCGGGCAGGUACCAACUCUGCCAUGCCUUUCUCUGUUCAAGGUUUGGUACUAGGUGCCCCUGAAGCAUGCAGCCAGUCCCCUUCUUCACAGCCCAGCCGCGGCCUCCUACCCUGCACAGCCCAGCAGCCCCAACCGCAGCCACCCCAACAGCCACCACCGCAGCCCCAAGGACUUCCACCUGCAGCCCAGCAGCAGCCAGCCAUGAGUAACCACAUGAUAUCCCAGCCGGUCCCAGCGCUGCAGCCUGUUCAGUAUUCUCCAAGCUCCUGCCCCCAAGUCCUCUUGCCAGUCUCUCCACCCCAGCAGUACAACUUGGCGGACGAACUCAGCAACCCCUUUGGGCAGAUCAGCCUCAGCCGACAGGGCUCUACGGAAGCGCCGGAUCCUUCCUCGGCGAUGUUCCAGUCAUCCCUCAUCUCCCAGCAUCCUCAGCAGACAGGAUUCAUCAUGGCAACCCCUGGGCAGCCCAUUCCCACCUCCAACUACUCGGCCUCAGGGCACACGGCCCCCACACAGCAGGUGCUGCAGCCCCAGGGCUACAUUCAGCCUCCCCAGCAAAUUCAGGUUUCUUACUACCCUCCUGGGCAGUACCCGAACUCCAGCCAGCAAUACCGAUCUCUCAGUCACCCAGUGGCCUACAGCUCCCAGCGCACUCAGCAGCUCCCCCAGCAGUCCCAGCAGCCUGGUUUACAGCCAAUGAUGUCCAACCAGCAGCAAACAUACCAAGGUGUAAUGGGAGUGCAGCAGGCACAGCCCCCUGGGCUCCUCAACAGCCAGAGGAACAGCAUGGGGAGCCAGAUGCAGAAUAUGAUGGGAGUGCAGCAAGCGCAGCCCCCUGGCCUUCUCAGCAGCCAGAGGAGCGGUAUGGGGAGCCAGAUGCAAGGCCUGAUGGUCCAGUACACCCCACUGCCUUCGUACCAGGUUCCCGUGGCCAAUGAGUCCCAGAGCGUGGUCCAGCAGCCCUUCCAGCAGCCAGUGCUUGUACCAGCCAGCCAGUCUGUUCAGGGGGGGCUUCAGGCUGGAGGGGUACCCAUCUACUACAGCGUCAUCCCAACUGCCCAGCAGAACGGCACCAGCCCUUCGGUGGGGUUCCUGCAGCCACCAGGUUCUGAGCAGUAUCAGAUGCCACAGUCCCCGUCACCCUGCAGCCCGCCACAGAUGCAGCAGCAGUAUUCAGGGGUGUCUCCGUCAGGUCCUGGCGUGGUUGUGAUGCAGCUGAACGUCCCCAACGGCCCCCAGGCCCCCCAGAAUCCCCCUGUGGUGCAGUGGAGCCACUGUAAGUACUACAGCCUGGACCAGCGGGGGCAGAAGCCAGGAGACCUGUACAACCCAGACACCAGUGCUCAGGCCAGCACCCAGCUGAACAGCCCCAUCACGUCCCCCACCCAGUCCCCGACACCAUCUCCUGUCACCAACCUCAACAGUGUCUGCACGGGGCUGAGCCCCCUCCCUGUCCUCACGCAGUUCCCCCGGCCCAUGGGCCCGGCACAAGGUGAUGGGCGCUACUCAUUGCUGGGCCAGCCACUGCAGUAUAAUCUGUCUAUCUGUCCUCCACCACUGCUCCACAACCAGCCCAACUACAAUGCACACCAGGGGCAGACUGGAAUGAAACAUGGAAACCGGAGCAAGCGACAGGCCCUCAAGUCAGCAUCCACUGACCUUGGGACAAGUGAU